AUGCAACCGCCCAACAUGUCUUUCCGUCAAUCUGCAUCCAACAUCCGGGUCGACGACGGCCAUAUCCUUCGCGCGUCUAUUAAGAACGAUGACGGCGACUGGGUCGACUCCGAGAUUGACCUCAACACGUUUAUCGGCAACAAUAACGGACGAUUUGAGUGGGGCGGCGAGAACUACAGCCACUCCGCUGAAGACAUCAGCUUCCGAAUGGAGGGGGAGAAUGAAGAGACCCCCGUCCUGCGUGCCCGCUUGCGCGAUGUGGAUGGCAACCCCCACGAUGCAGACAUCAACCUGGAUGAGCGGGUCGGCAAUGACAAUGGCAAUUUCGUCUUCGGUGAGCACUGACCCAUGUCUUUCUGGAACGGAAACAUCAUUUCGUACUUUAAUAUUGACUUUGAUACAGUGUAAAUAGCUGUGCACGGUUUCGGGAAGCGAUAGGCAAUUGAGUCAACGUCUUCUGCUGAGAGUGUUCGCGUCCACUGCUUAGCUUGCGCUAGUGAUCUAGCUGUCAAAGAUGUACUCUAUUGAAAGUCAAUCUACUGUCGCAGACUAUAUCUAUGUGGUCCCACUAGCUGGUUCAUGCAAGCCACAUGCGCGAACGCUGCCAUGGAGGCGGCGUCCCCAAUGUUACACCACAUUGCUCCCUGUUAUAGACGGCUGGACACAAAGUAGGAAAUACCCUUCGCCUCGUAGAGAUCUUUGUGGUCACCUUUGAUAAGAUCGGCGCCCUGGAAGCCGCGUCAAUAAAGCAGGACCAACGGUUGCUAGCAGUGUCUCAUCAGGCUCACCUUUUCACCAAUCAUGUACACGGAGUUUUGGAUGCGACAGUCCGGAAUCACUGGAAUGACAGACGCAUCUGCCACGCGGAGGUUCUUCACGCCAUGCACGCGCAGGUUGGAGUCGACGACGCCUUGGUGGAUGGACUUGGAGAGACGUGCAGUCCCGCAGGGGUCUGGAGCAGAGUCUGGCUCCUGUCCAGCACAGCUCUCGUCAUCUCCGCGUCGGAGUCGAGCGGCAUCUUCCACGGAUACUCCGACACGAAAAUGUCCUUAAAGCCCGCGCCGGUCAUGAGCAGGUCGUAGGUCCAUCGCACACCCUCGCGCAUAGCCAAAAUAUCGAGAUUGUUGCCGAAGAAGUUCAAGUUGAUGUUGGGCUGUACCAGAGGGCUGGGCGAGUUCAAGGUAACCUCUCCCUCGGAAAGGGGCCGAAGCAGAUCAACAAUGACGGUCAUAUAGCUGCCCUCCUCGGGUACCGGAUAGUGCCACUGAAACGCGGUGCUGAACAUGCCGACAAAAUCUAGCUCGAAAUGAGGCUGGCCCGCGGGACCAAAAGGAUCCAACCCGCCAUUUGCAGCCUUUGCGGCGCGGUACUCCUCAUGCUUCUCAAGCCGCUCGUCAAUUCGAGGGAAGCCGACGAGUUCCAGGAGUCCCGAACCGAUAGGGCCUGUUUUAUCGCGGUUGUAGGCGGCGAUGGCGUUCUGCUUGAGAGGCCCGUCUCGAAGGAUGUAGUCGUCUAGACCGUAGCCGUCCUUGAUACGAAGUACGAAAGGCACUAUUGGAUGGUCGAGGAGGUGUUGGCCAACGUGAGGCGAGUCAAUCUGAACAUCGAUGCCAUGUCGGGCCAACUCCCCUGCCGGGCCAAUACCGCUCAACAUGAGAAGCUUCGGUGUCUCGAAGACGCCUUGCGACAAUAUGACCUCGCGACUCGCGUAGACGCUUAUUUCCGUGUUUGAUGCCUC